CUCCAUCCUUUUACGCCGAACCAGAACCAUUCUCCUCUCCCCUCCUUCAGGCUUCACAUCCGGGUCAUCCGCCAGUAUCUGUCUCUUGCGUCUGUGUGUCUGACAGUGUAAUAAUUAUUUCAUCCGCCGCCGUGCCGUACUGCAGCUCUCUGCCCGACUGCGCGGCUCGCCGAGCGGACACUGCGCGUGGCGUGCACCGCUGAUGAUGGAGCCGCGGGCGCUGUGAAGCUGCAGCCGGUCGCACAAAGGCAGGGAUGAGACGGUAGGAGGCUUUUCUAUGGGCCAGCCCGCGGUGAUUAACUCGCCCUAACGAUGUCUAAGAGCCUCAAGAAGAAAAACCACUGGACCAACAAAGUCCACGAAGCGGUGAUAACCCGCGGAAAGGACGGGGAGCUGGGGUUCGAGCUGAAGGGGGGCGCGGAGAACGGCCAGUUCCCCUACUUCGGCGAGGUGAAGCAGGGGAAGGGACUGAUCCAGAGCGGCAAACUGGCCCAGGAUGAGCUGCUGCUUGAGGUCAACAACAUGCCAGUGGCCGGACUCACCACCCGGGACGUGCUGGCCGUGAUUAAACACUGCAAAGACCCGGUCCGCCUCAAAUGUGUCAAACAAGGGGGGGUGGUUGACAAGGAUUUGCGGCACUACCUCAACCUGCGCUUCUCCAAGGGCUCAGUGGACCACGACCACCAGCAGAUCAUCAGAGACAACCUCUACCUCCGCACUGUUCCCUGUACCACCAGGCAGCCAAAGGAGGGGGAGGUGCCAGGGGUGGACUACAACUUUGUGAGCGUGGAGCGUUUUAUGGAACUGGAGCAAAGUGGAGCCCUGCUAGAGAGUGGAACCUAUGAAGAUAACUUCUACGGCACUCCAAAACCUCCAGCGGAGCCGUCCCCCGCAGCACCUCCUCUGAAUGUGAGUGAGGCCCUGCUGCCUGGAGCCCGGCCCAGCUCCCAGGGCAAGAGGAAGAGGAACCAGUCAGUCAGCAACAUGGAGCAGCGCGCCAGCCUGGAGCCACCUGAGGAGGAGGAAGAGGAGAGUCCGGUUGUCAACGGCAACGGGGUGGCCAUCACGCCAGAGUCCAGUGAACAUGAGGACAAGAGCACAGAUGCCUCUGGGGAGGUUGCUGUUGAAGCGUCCAUCCAGGCCCCAGCCUCCACCGAGGCUCCCACUGAAGGAGAGGAGGCCCCAAAAUCUCCCUCUGAAUCCCCCGCCAAAGUUCCAGAUGUAGACGAGGAGGAGCUGGGUCCUCUGCCUGACAACUGGGAGAUGGCCUACACUGAGAAGGGGGAGGUCUACUUCAUUGAUCACAACACCAAAACGACAUCGUGGCUGGAUCCCCGGCUGGCAAAGAAAGCCAAGCCACCAGAAGAGUGCAGGGAAGACGAGCUGCCCUAUGGCUGGGAGAAGAUAGAUGACCCCAUCUACGGCAGCUACUACGUGGAUCACAUCAAUCGAAGGACACAGUUUGAGAAUCCAGUCCUGGAAGCCAAGAGACGUCUGGAACAGCAGAGGCAGAUGCAGAGCCAGGGACUCUCUGCUCUCCCUCUGCCCACUAUAUACAGAGAGAAGCCAUUGUUUACGAGGGACCCAACCCAGCUGAAGGGCACCUUCCUGUCAACAGCCCUGCAGAAGAGCAACAUGGGAUUUGGCUUUACGAUUAUAGGAGGCGACGAGCCCGACGAGUUCCUGCAAGUGAAGAGUGUAAUACCUGACGGUCCCGCCGCUCAGGACGGAAAGAUGGACACAGGUGAUGUCAUCGUCUACAUUAAUGACAUCUGUGUGCUCGGUACCACACACGCCGACGUGGUCAAGCUUUUCCAGUCCGUACCGAUCGGUCAGAGUGUCACCCUCGUGCUCUGUCGAGGCUACCCUCUGCCUUUUGACCCCGAGGACCCAAGUGGUGCCGCAAGCACCUCCCUGACGCCCAUCGGCCUGGAGCACCGCCCCUUGGUGGUAAACGGCCGCAGCAGCUAUGACCCCUACUUAGAAUAUCUGUCACUGAGCUCCCAGCUGCCCCCUCAGGCUCUGGCCCAGGCUGGAGCCUCUCACCCUGGGGACACACAUCUGGAUGGCUCAUCCCUGCCACCCACCACACCCGGCUCUGGAUCAGCACUCACACCUCAUGAUGACAACGUGUCCAUGGCCUCCUCGGGGACUGCAGGGGUUGCCGGGGCAACGGCACAACCGGCAGAACUUCUGACAGUUACUAUGGUGAAAGGAUCGGAGGGAUUUGGGUUCACCAUCGCUGACAGUCCCACUGGUCAACGAGUAAAACAGGUUCUAGAGCCGGGCUCCCAGGGAGCAUCAGGGCUGAUAGAGGGAGACCUGAUCCUGGAGGUGAACCAGCAGCCAGUGGCUGCAGCUGGACACGGACGAGUUGUGGAGAUGCUCAAAGAGUGUCCUGUGGGAGCCGAGGCGACACUUCUCAUACAGAGAGCAGGAACAGGCCACAUCUCCCCGUGGAAGGCCUCCAAACAGUUGCCUGACCAGUGGGAUCCCCAUGGCAGCCCCCAAGCAAACCUGUCUGGUCCGGUUUUGCCACCUGGCACACCGUUCCCAAACCAGCCACAGCACCGCACGUCUGUGCCUGACUCCACAGAGGGCUUCGAUCUGAACAAACCCGACCCCUACGACCUUUAUGAGAAGUCGAGGGCUAUCUACGAGAGCCGACGUCCAGAGUAUGAAGAGGUGGAGGUGCACCUGCUGAGGGAGAAGACCGGGUUUGGCUUCCGCAUCCUGGGGGGAGACGAGGCCGUGCAGGCUGUGAGUCCGGACGCCCGUGACAAGAUUGUUAUUGGCGCUAUAAUAGAGAACACUCCCGCUGAGCGCGAUGGGCGACUUCGACCCGGGGAUGAGCUCAUUUCUGUGGAUAAAAAUGUGGUUGCUGGGAAACCGCACAAAUACGUAAUAGACUUGAUGCACGCAGCCGCUCGCAACGGACAAGUCAGCUUGACUGUGAGAAGGAGAGUGCUAACACCUGGUGAACCGUGUCCUGUGAAUGGACGCAGCCCCGGCUCUGUUUCGACACAGCACAGCUCUCCACGUAGUGAUGCAGCCUCGGCAUCAGGUCCUCAGACGGUCGCAAUCCCGACUGCCACCGCUCCUCCAGAGGGAUCCGCCCUGCAGACAAGUGAUGUGGUUAUUCACCGCAAGGAGAAUGAAGGCUUCGGCUUUGUCAUCAUCAGCUCCCUGAACAGACCGGAGAACGCCACUGUCAUCACUGUGCCCCAUAAAAUAGGACGAAUCAUUGAGGGCAGCCCUGCAGACCGAUGUGGGAAGCUGAAGGUGGGCGACCGGAUCCUGGCUGUGAACGGACAGUCCAUCAUCAGCAUGCCGCACGCAGACAUUGUCAAGCUCAUUAAAGAUGCCGGGCUAACAGUCACGCUGCACAUCAUACCAGAGGAGGGUUCCCAGUCUGGCCCCAGCUCAGAGAAGCAGAGCCCCAUGACCCAGAAACACAGCCCCCAGACCCAGCCCAGCCCCGUAGCCCAGCCAGGCCAAGGAGGCACCCAGCCCGGCCAAACGGCCAUUCAGCCAGGUCAAGCACCUGCUCAGCCCGGCCAGACACCACCUCAGAUGAGCCAAACAGUGACUGGCCCUCCCGCACCAGCAGCCUCCCAGCCUGGACCAGCUGGAAGCCAGCACAGCCCGGUCACCCAGCCCUCUGGCCUCCCUCCACAGCUAUACCUCCAUGAUGGCAGGUCAGAGGUAAAAGCCAGACAGGAUGUCAAACCUGACUUCCGCCAUCCUCCAUUCACUGAUUACAGGCAACCUCCAGUAGACUAUCGUCACCCGCCGGUCAGCGAUUAUCGGCAGCCCCCGACACUGGACUACAGACACCCGCCUGGUCUGUUGGAUUUCAGACAGCAUCCUGCAGCUGCACAGUUCCCUCUGGGAAUUCCUGCUGACUUUAGACCGCAGGUACAGCUGGAUCGAGAACCGUCUGCUCAAGUGUUGGCCAUUUGGGGGGACUACGAUUAUUUCACAGUGGAGCUGGAGAAAAGCGCAAAGGGUUUUGGCUUCAGUAUCCGCGGGGGCAGAGAGUACAAGAUGGACCUAUUUGUGUUGCGCCUUGCUGAGGAUGGUCCUGCCAUUCGUAAUGGAAGGAUGAGGGUAGGGGAUCAGAUCAUAGAGAUUAACGGGGACAGCACUCGGGACAUGACUCAUGCCCGCGCCAUUGAACUCAUCAAGGCGGGAGGCAGACGGGUCAGGCUGCUGCUGAAGCGAGGCACGGGACAGGUGCCAGAAUAUGACUGUGGCGGCCCCUGGGAUUCCCUUUCUACAACCCACUCUACCCUGCAGGAAGUGACCCACGAACCCCACCCAAAUCCAUUGCUCUCAUCCCAUCCACCCUCAGCCCCAGACUCCCCUCAUCAGCUCCCUCUAGAGGCCACAGUGUGCAUGGCAGACAAAGCUCCACAGCCGACAGACCACAGCUCCGUUAGAGGGGCUACAGGUGGCAGGUCCACCCAGCAGAAGUGCAUCACCAGGGGGCAGGGAACCCCUCAGGGGUCUGGAGAGGUGGACUGUGGACCAGGCGACAGACAGCCUCGGGCUUUGCCUCCCAAAGCUGUCCUGGGGAGGUCUGUUGACAGAAGAGAGAGGCAGAGGGAGACUUGCUCCCCCUGCUGUGAGAGAAAGGGUCUGCACACACAGGCCAUGAGCACUGUCUGGCCCUGGGACCCAUAUGGGAGCGUGAAUUUGAAUGGAGCCUCUCUCAGCAGUGGAGAUGGACAAGUCAGCCUCCAGGAGAGGCUGGUGUCCAGAGGUCUGUUCCCCAGAGAAGAUGAGAGGGCCAGUGGCCACAGCGGGCUCUGCUGCCCCUCGAAAAGCAUGGAAGAUCCCCCUGCAAGGAGCGCAGCAGCCUCCCCUGGGCCCUGGAACGUCGCUGGGUCUGACAAACUGCCUGGCACCCUGAGGUCCUGGACCUCCACAGUCAGCAGUGAGAGGAGUGAUACUACCAAUCUGUGAGAGGGAGGCAGAGACACUGAAACUCCUGGAGGACAUGGCACCGACCCAAGUGACGGCCCGGUUAACCCGACAUAUGUUAGCUCUCACAUGCCUACAGAUAUAUCAUAUACUGUAAAUGUAAAGAUGUGAAAAAUAUGUACAUUUGGUAAUCUCAAAAACAUCCCUGUUGGUGUUUUUUUUUUUGAGGCAGUGUUGUAGUUAGAUACAUUGUAAAGAAAAGAGGAAAAAAAAAACAGUAUUUUAGGAUCACUAUUUCCAUGGCCUCGUCUAUAACUACAUAUCAAAGACUGUGCAAGUCUCCAAACCUGGACCGCUGAGGGAGGCAGUGGUCGUGUGCAUGGAUAUAAACCACCAUGUCAUCAACAGGGACUCACAUGUCUUUUAGAGGUAGAGUAUAGAGAGGGGAUCCUCUGUGGAGCCGACCAGUUGGCACUCAUGUGAGACAAGAGAAACUCUUUUUUUCUUUUUUUUUAAUCUUUUUUUUUCAUCAAAUUGAACUUUUGAGUGACUGAAUACAGUUUGCUUAGUAAGAACUCAUAAUAAUGUUCUGAGUUAUGUACACAACUUGAUCACAACUCAACCAUGCAGUCAUUGUGCAGAAUUAUAAGCUGUGUUGUAUUCAUUUAAUGCUCAACGGAAGAAUUUUGUCCAGUCCUAUAUUUCCCAUUUCUAUGCCUUUUUACUGUGCUUAGUGUACCACAUCACUGUGGGAGAAGGGGCAUCGGUGUGGGGAAGAGGAGGCCGAUGGUUAUGAGGUGGGGCGGAGUGCCUUACUCAAACUAAUGCAGAGCUGUUGCCGUAGUGAUUUGUUUUUGGGAACUGGAUGCAAAACAGACGUUAGUGACCGUGCACACAUAUCAGCAAACUGUUGAGUUGUGGAGCCUGUUUUUCCUUCGGACUUGACGCCGAGCAGAAUAUACGGUUAUCUUGAUGCACUCUCAGCUGUAUAGCUUAUCCACGUCAAUGAUUGCCCUGUUUCCCCUUAGUGCUUAAAAGGGGAUCAAAUGUAGCCUGUAGCAUUACAUCCUCUUCUUAGCGAGUCAUCCGGGAUAGUGGAGCGGUGAGCGUUUAUCCAGACUGGGUCAUAAUCAAAGUGGAGUCUCAUUUCAGCUUUAUCUGUCUGUCCUGUAAGUGUUUCGUUUGCAUUGUUGCAGGCAGUACCAGUGCUCGCUGAAGCCAAACCCAAGACUCUGAGUGAUCUCUGAAACACAAACGCAGUGAAACGUGAGUCUGAUCGCGAAGUCUUGGCGUGCUGCUUUAAAUCCGAAUCACCCGAGCUGAAGUCACUAUCCUGCUGCAUUUCUACACAUUGGUAUCAUUCAUUCCUCUCAACAAGAUGUUUGCUCUCAUUAAAGAUUAAUCAUCAGAGAUUCUGAGUAGCGGAGAACCAGAUAAGUAAAAAAAAAAAAAACAAUAAAAUAAAAAUCAUAAUGCAUUGUGACAAUUUUGACUGAAUGCAGCACAAGGGCACAUCCAAGCUUGUGUAGGCCUACUGUUGGACUGGGACACCCGUAAGACCCGCAGUGGUUUCUGAGUAAAACGUGCAGUCUGGAUGUUUGUGGUUCACUUGAUAAAACUGGUUAACAUGUUAGCGAGAAAGCAUGAGAACACGCCGUUGGGCUGUAGAAAUGUGUUAACUGUGUGUACAAAUGUUCAGAAAAGGUGAAAGAAAAUGUCACCCAGCCCUCUGUCUCCGUUCAGGCCGCCCCCCUGCCUGCUGUGAGUGAUUUUGUAUACAGAAACAAAAAAAAACAAAAACAACUGCUUUAUUGGAACUUGUGAAGGAUGGCACGUUCAUAAAUCCCCAUUGAGAUCAAGUAUAACUGUGUAGUGUUAAUUGUGUACUAUUCACCUUGUACAGCUGUAUUCCUACAAAUAUGGUUUACUGUAUCAUUGAUACUGUAGUUUCAAAGACGUGAACAACUAUUUUUAUGAAAUGCGACAGUACUGAUAUAUUACAUUUUGCUAAAAAACAAAAAACUUGUUUACUGAAAGAUAUUCUGAAAUACUGUCAAAUAAACUCUUGACAUGGUGUAAAAUA